GUUGUGUAGGUGGCGCAACUGUGAUAAACGUUGUUUUCAUUUUCAACUUUUUAUUAUCGAGUUUUGACAUUGAAAUUAUUUCCGCAAAGCCACAUGUCCUUCUGAUUCCUUUCACUUUCUUGUGUGUCUGCAAUAGCUUGCAUGAAUCAUGCGUUGAUACUUGCACCAACCCAUUUACGAGUUUUCUUUAGCAAUAUCAAUGGCGUUUUUGUCGAGACGAUCCGUAGCAUGUGAAAGUAAUAGACAUUCAUAUCAGGAUCUGUCGUUAGCACACUCACAGCUUUUGUUAAGUGACAGUCAUAGUAGCAGUGAUUCUCCAAUCAGUCAUGAUGCUGAGCAUUGUCCACAGAACAAAACGGAAAAAACAAAAGAGCCAGAAGAUGGAGAUAGAGUGAAAACCAAGCUUAUGAGCAUGUGGAACAAUGUCCGCUACAGUUGGAACUUUAAGAGCAAAGCUCAUUUUGCAAAGGAUUCUCCCAUCUGGCUACUUGGCAGAAUUUAUCACCAGUCACUCAAGACUGAUGAUAGCACAAGUUUACCCACAAACAAUUUUGAGUCCCUAAAAUAUGAUUUCCACUCAAGGAUAUGGUUGACUUACCGGAAGGAGUUUCCUGUAUUAAAUGGUUCCUACUACACUAGUGAUUGUGGUUGGGGAUGCAUGUUACGAAGUGGACAAAUGUUGUUGGCCCAGGCACUAGUCUGUCAUUUUCUGGGUCGGGACUGGAGAUGGAAUGAGAGUGGGGUCCAAGAAGAACAAACUCUGCAGGAAUCCCUCCAUAGAAUGAUUGUGCAAUGGUUUGGUGACAAGCCUUCUCCAGCUUGUCCACUAUCAAUUCAUCAAAUGGUCUCGCAAGGUCACAUAUCAGCUGGAAAGAGGCCGGGUGACUGGUAUGGACCAUCUUCUGUUUCCUAUAUUAUCAAGCAAAUUUUAGAAAGAGCCACAGACACAUACCCUGAACUUGAUACAUUAAGAGUUUAUAUUGCACAGGAUUGUACAGUUUAUUUAGACGACGUCAAGCAAUCCUGUUCAAAAACACGCGAUUAUGAGUACGAAGACGCCGAAUACGAAGUGAUCGAUGACCAAUGGAAAUCGCUGGUGCUACUCAUCCCUUUACGAUUGGGUGGUGAACGGAUGAACCCCACUUAUGAUUCUUGUCUCAAGGGACUAUUGUCAUUGGAACAGUGCAUUGGCAUAAUCGGCGGGAAACCCAAACACUCUCAGUACUUUAUUGGCUGGCAAGAUGAUUAUCUCAUUCAUUUGGAUCCACACCAUUGCCAAGAAAUGGUAGACGUUCUCAUCCCUAAUUUUCAACUAAAAUCUUUCCAUUGUCAUGAACUUCGUAAAACUUCUUUGAAGCAAGUCGAUCCUUCCUGUUGCGUUGGAUUCUACCUACGAUCUCAGAGAGACUUUGAAGACUUCCGUCGCAACGUUCAGCAUUACCUUGUACCGACACAGAACAAAGGUGACUACCCCAUCUUUGUAUUCAGCAAUGGAAGUAGUCCCCACCUCGACGACGCUUGGUUCAACCAAGAUGAAGACUGUCUAUCUCCCGCAGCAAGUCAGCCGCCAAGUAGCGGUCCAGCGACCGUUGGCGAUAACUAUCUUGACGAUUUUGAAUUCCUCUGAAAUUCUUUGGACACGAGUGAAACAUUUUGAAACCACGUUGUAUCUUGACAGUACCAUCAGAUUCUUGUAACUGCCUAAUACUUAUUAAUAUCUAACUAAGAUCGACCUUUAUUCCUUCGCCCUAUUGUACAGAAUACCGAAUACAACGUCUAUGUUGAUUACAUUAACACAA